AUGAACCCGCCCAAGGUCCGCUUCCUGACCAAGGUGUACCACCCGAACAUUGACAAGCUCGGCCGUAUCUGCCUCGAUAUCCUCAAGGACAAGUGGACGCCUGCGCUCCAGAUCCCUACCGUCCUCCUCUCGAUCCAGGCUCUUCUCGGCGCGCCAAACCCCGACGACCCACUUGCCAACGACGUCGCUCAGGCGUGGAAGGAGGACGAGAAGGCUGCCAUUGCUGAGGCGCAGCAGUGGACGCGGAAGUGGGCGUGCUAG